GGGGAGGCGGGGCGUCAGCAGGCCGCGGCUUUGUGCCCGAUGGAGUUCCCCGAGCACAGCCGGCAGCUGCUGCGGGGGCUGCGCGAGCAGCGCUCCCGGGGGAUCCUGUGCGACUGCACGGUGCUGGUGGGCACCGCGCCCUUCCCCGCGCACCGCGCCGUGCUGGCCGCCUGCAGCUCCUUCUUCCACCUGUGCUACGCCGAGCCGGGCGGCGCGGGAGGCGCCCGGGGCGCCGUGGUGGCCCUGAACAGCGACAUCGUCACCGCUCCGGCCUUCGCGCUGCUGCUGGAGUUCAUGUACGAGGGGCGGCUGGCGCUGGCGGCGCCGCUGGAGGACGUGCUGGCCGCCGCCUCCUACCUGCACAUGAACGACGUGGUCAAGCUGUGCAAGAAGAAGCUGCAGGCGCGGGGCCCCGCCGAGGCCGACAGCACCAAGCGGGAGGAAGAGGAGGAGGAGGAGGACGCGCCCAGCCCGCCCCCGCCGCAGCCCCCGCCGCAGCCCCCGCAGCUCCUCCCCGAGGACGCGCCGGAGCCGCCGCUGGUGGACGCGGCCGACACGACCCAGCGGGGGGGGGUCGGGGCAGAGCGACCCCGCCCCAGCCCCAGCAGCUCCAGCGAGGCCGCCGCGGGCCCGGAGCCGCCGCCGCUGCCGCUCCCCCGCUCCGUCCGCGGGCGGGGGUCCCUGGCCGCGCCCCCGUCCCCAUCAAGCCCCAGCCCGAAGCGGCGCAAUUUGGGAGGGGCGGCGCUGGGCCCGGCGGCGCUGGGGGCUGCGGGAGCCGCUGUUCCUGGCGCCGCUGGAGCCCCGCGGGAGCUUCGGGCUGUUCGCCGAGGAGGCCCCGACGUGUCCGACGUGCGGGGAAAACGUUCUCGUGCUCGGACACGCUGCGGCGCCACGCCACCGCACACCCGCGAGCGGCCCUUACGAGUGCCGCCACUGCCUGCGCCGUACACGCAGUCCGGGGACCUGUACCGGCACGUCCGCAAGGCGCACAGCCACGGCGGGGCCCCGCCCGCGGCCACCGCGACCCCGCCCGCGAACGGCGACAACCCGCCCUGA